AUGGCUGCAGUCCGCCUCCGCCGGGCAUUCCACUAUCCCGAGGACUCCGAUGGCCGCGAGGAGCUGGAUGAGGAGGAACAACACCAGUUGAUCCAGCAGCUACAGACGCAGAACGAUACGCGCAAUGGCCAGUACAAUAUGGUCUUCUCCAUGAUCCCACUACUCACCGCGGUGGUAUUUGUGACCGCCGUCUUCUCAGCAUCGCUGGUGGAGCGCUUCUUCGCACUGCUCAGCAUCGUCUCGCUGGCAACGACAGCGGGUAUCAUGCGUUCGUCCCCUCUCCAGCGAGAUCGAAAGGGCAAGAAACCUAUAUCUGCACAGGAUGAGCGCCGGGCGUGGAUUCGCUCGCUGGUACCUGCUAACGUCGUCGCCUGUGCCGUGCUGGCGGUGUAUUGUCUCGCCGGCCGCUCCUCGGCUGUUCGACCAAUGCUCUAUCUGCUGCCCGGAGUGAUGCUGGCGACGAUCCUGCUGGCUCGGGAAGUUAUGCUAUCGGUCGACCUCGCGUCUCUUAAGGAUCUGCAGUACGAGUACAAAGGUGCUUGA